GCCAAGAUGGCGGCUCCCCUCGGCACGAUGAAAUUUUGGAAGCCGGGGUCCGAGGCUCCGGGGAUAUCCGAGGAGCGGGAUCUCACCACGGAGACCACCGGCUCCCCCAUCAUCUUCAACCCGCACACCGCCCUCUCCAUAGAGAAACAGCGGCAGAAACUCCCUGUUUUUAAGCACAGAAACAACAUCUUGUACUUGGUGGAGAGCUACCAGACAGUCAUUAUUGUGGGUGAGACUGGGUGUGGAAAGACAACACAGAUACCUCAGUACCUGCUGGAGGCUGGCUGGGCGGCGGAGGGGAAGGUGAUUGGAGUGACACAGCCUCGACGUGUCGCUGCUAUCUCUGUAGCCAACCGUGUUGCAGAGGAGCGAGGGGCCCUGCUGGGACAUGAGGUGGGCUACACCAUUCGAUUUGAUGACUGCUCUGACCCUCACGCUACAAGGAUCAAGUUCCUUACAGAUGGCAUGUUGGUGCGGGAGAUGAUGGCUGAUCCGCUUCUGAAAAAAUACAGUGUGUUAGUGCUAGAUGAGGCACAUGAGAGAACCUUGUAUACAGACAUAGCCAUCGGUUUAUUGAAGAAGAUUCAGAAGAAGCGGAGAGACCUGCGGCUCAUUGUGGCCUCUGCCACUCUGGAUGCCAAGAAAUUCCAUGAGUUCUUCAACUUGAAUGAGUCUACUGAUCCCAACAAAGACACAUGUGGUAUCCUGACCGUGGAAGGACGCACCUUUCCUGUGGACGUUUUCUACACUGUCAGUCCUGUUCCUGACUAUGUGAAGGCAACAGUGGAAACGGUUCUAAAGAUCCAUGAGACGGAGGAUGAUGGAGAUGUUCUGGCUUUUCUUACUGGGCAGGAGGAAGUGGAGAAGGUGGUGUCCCUUCUGCAGGACCAGGCCAGGUCUCUGUCCCGAUAUGGAAUGAAGAAACACCUGAGAAUUUUGCCUAUGUAUUCUGGCCUACCUUAUGCUGAGCAGAUGAAAAUCUUUGAGAGGGCACCGUCUUCUGUGCGUAAGGUGGUGGUUGCCACUAACAUAGCUGAAACCUCCAUCACCAUAAAUGGAAUUGUGUUUGUCAUUGACUGUGCAUUUGUGAAGCUGCGGGCCUAUAACCCUCGCACUGCCAUUGAAUCACUGGUGGUUACUCCCAUCUCCAAGGCUUCAGCCAGCCAGAGAGCUGGAAGAGCUGGGCGAAACCGACCUGGAAAAUGCUUUAGAUUAUACACAGAGGAGGACUUCGAGAAACUGCCUGCCUGUACUGUGCCAGAGAUGCAGCGCACCAAUUUGGCUCCUGUCAUCCUGCAGCUCAAAGCAUUAGGCAUUGACAACGUGCUACGGUUCAGCUUCCUUUCUCCUCCUCCUGCUCAGACCAUGGUUCAGGCUUUGGAGUUGCUCUACGCCCUAGGAGGUCUGGAUCAUUACGGGCGCUUGACUGAUCCCAUGGGUGUGCGCAUGGCUGAGUUUCCUCUCAGCCCCAUGUUUGCCAAGAUGCUCCUCGAGUCAGGAAACUUUGGCUGCUCCAAAGAGAUUGUUACUAUAGCAGCUAUGAUGCAGAUUCAGAAUAUAUUUGCCGUGCCACCCAAUCAGAAGAAAGCUGCUGCCCGUGAGCACAGGAAAUUUGCUGUUGCUGAGGGAGACCACCUCACCAUGCUAAAUGUGUAUGAAGCAUUCAUUAAGCAUCAGAAGAGUUCGCAGUGGUGUCAAGAACACUUCCUCAAUUAUAAAGGUCUGCUUCGUGCGGUGACUGUACGAGAGCAGCUGCGGCGUCUCAUGAACAAAUUUAAGGUGCCAAGGACCUCUAGUGAAGGAGACCCUGAUGUGAUCUUGAAGUGCAUUGUGUCUGGGUUUUUUGCCAAUGCAGCCCGCAUUCAUCAUUCUGGUUCAUAUAGAACUUUACGUGAUGAUCGUGAGCUUCACAUCCAUCCUAAUUCUGUGCUGUUUGGAGAGAAGCCUCCAAAAUGGGUUGUGUUCAAUGAAGUGGUCCAAACAACAAAGUACUACAUGCGUGAUGUGACUGCUGUGGAGUCGUCCUGGCUUGUUGAGUUGGCUCCUCACUUUUACAAACAGGCCAAGCAUGGUUCACUGGCCAGUAAGAGAUCCCGGGUGCUGUAACUCAUUUCACCAUGACAAGACGGGACGACCCGUAGCAGAAUACCCCAGUCAAAUUGUGUCCAUUUCAUUGUAUAUAAAGAUGUAAUAUAUAUUUAUUGUUCAUGUCCACAUGCUCAACCCUUCCACACCUUGUGGCCAUGCUGAAAUGGAUCCGUAUGGUUGAUAUUUCAUGUUAAAUGUGUGAUUUGCUUCAUUUGAAAGCACUUGAAAUGUUUAUAUUUGAUCUGUUGAGUUUUUAAUCUGUGUCAUGGUGCAAGUAGAGGUGAAAUAGCAGCGAGUAUGUGGUCCUGAACUUGAGAUGAGUCUAGGCUGUGCCUGACUUGCAUCCAUUUAAGCAUGGUCGCAUAGUUGGUGACCCUUCAUACGUGUACAUAGGCAGAGCAGGCUCAGGUCCAGGGAGGGGCGUCUGAACCUGGUUCUUAGCUUCAUUAUUUUUCUAAUUGCUGAAUUGUUUUCCUUGUUGCAUGAUGAAUAAUGGAAGACACUGGAAUGUGAGGAUGUUUCAGGCUGAGAGAUUUAAGUUUUUUUAGGUUAUUUUCCCAAAGACUGAGUGCCUUUAUGUUUGAUAUUGGUUAUAUUGGCUUCCAAUUUAUUUUCAUUUUCUUAAUCUUUCAGUACCUUUUUUAAGAGUGUGUGGUACAUAAUUUCAAUAACUUCCUGCAUUGGGGAGUAAUGUAUAUUUAUUUCAGUCAUCUCCUGAUCUUCAUCUACAUCUAAUAACCGUACUGUGAAAAGACUACUUUACUUUCAGACCAUUGUCUCCACUCUAUUGCCACUGAACUACAGUCUAGCUUAGACAUAAUGGCCUUGUCACCAUUUUGUGCCAAUUUUUUCAAUCAGCCUAAUUCACAUUUCACAUUAAAAAGUGGAAUGUGCGAAUAUACUCAAGCACUGUAAAUGAAAAGCUGUGAAAUCAAACCUAGAGAUGAAGUGCCAUUUGUUCUGUGAUGACAUAAAGUGCAUUCAGACAAGCCUCAAAAAAAAAAAGGGGGGGGGGAGGUGAAAAGCGGUAGCAUUUAUCUCUUUCAGCCAGCUCUUUGGCUCUUAUAAUUGCCUUUUCUUCCAUGUCUCUGUUUUGAAAAAGGCCUUAUUACAUUUUGUUUCACUUCAUCUAUCAGAUGCCCAGUAAAAUUGUCCAGUUCUGAUUGAUUGUAGGAAUUCUACACUUCUGAUUUUAUCUUUAUUUAUUUAUACUUUGCACUUGGUUUUUCCUUCAGAGGUAUUCAGCACCGAAAGAAUCGGCAAGCAGUAUAUUUAAGGUUUGUCAUCUUACUCCACUGGGAUGUGCUUUAAAACCAGUUAGGUCGCCAGAUUUUACUUGCGCCUGCAUGUUUUUGCGUAGAACAUGUUCUUUCGGUAACUACUAGGUAGAUUAAAUGAAACUGUACUUAAACAACAGAACAACAGUAGAGAGAUAAACCAACUCAAAUUAGAUGAAGACACAGUAAGGUACCAUUGCAUGUUAAGAGGUACUUUGAUAUAGAUCUAUACUAGGACAUCUCAUAGACUUAUUACAAACAAAAACACUUGACUUGUUUAAUCUCAUUUGUGCUGAUACUCUGAGUAUGUAUGCAGCCAAAGCAGUUAUCUGUAGACCUGUGUAAUUGCUCACCUCUAAGAUAAAAUCUCUCACCUGCCAUCUUCUCCUACAUGCUCAAAUAAAGCCUUAUUGUCAUGCA